AGAGGAGCUCUGCGGCUGUCUGCGCGCAGCCUUUCAUGCCAGGGGCCAGACUGCUUGCAAGGGCCUCGUGGGGAGGAUGAUGAUGAUGACCAUGAACGGCAAGCAGCACUUCUCCAUGCAUCCGGCCCUGCACGAGCCCAAGUACCCUGGCCUGCAUUCAGGCUCGGAGGGCAUGCGCAGAGUCUGUCUGCCCGCCCCACAGCUGCAGGGCAAUAUAUUCGGAGGCUUUGAUGAGAGCCUGCUGGCGCGGGCAGAAGCUCUGGCGGCGGCUGACAGCAUUGUCUCUCAAGGCAAGAGCCACCCCUUCAAACCCGACGUGACUUACCAUACCAUGAGCAGUGUCCCCUGUACCUCAGCGCCCUCUUCUUCCUCCGCCACCGUGCCCAUCUCCCACGUCCCUUCUACCAUCGCCUCCCACCACCAUCAUCACCAUCUCGGACAGACCCUGGAGGCCGGGGACCUCCUGGACCACCUCUCCAGCAGCCUGGCCGUGACCGGGAUGGGUGCUCCAGAGCCUCCAGGGAUGAAUACACCUGCGCACCACCACCAGCACGCGCACCACCACCUGCAGACCAUGGGACAGCUGCACCAGGCGAUGGCCACCAUGGCGCACCCGCACUCCCUCUCCGUGCACGGUGGCAUGGCGUGCGUCAAUGACGUGGAGUCGGAUCCCAGGGAGCUGGAAGCCUUCGCUGAGCGCUUUAAGCAAAGGCGGAUCAAACUGGGAGUGACCCAGGCGGACGUGGGGGCAGCGCUGGCCAACCUCAAGAUUCCCGGCGUGGGCUCGCUGAGCCAGAGCACCAUCUGCAGGUUCGAGUCCCUCACCUUGUCUCACAACAACAUGAUCGCUCUCAAGCCGGUUCUGCAGGCCUGGCUGGAGGAAGCCGAGGCUGCAUACCGGGAGAAAAGCAACAAGCCGGACCUUUUCAACGGGAGCGACAGGAAACGAAAGCGCACGUCCAUCGCCGCGCCGGAGAAGCGCUCCUUGGAGGCGUACUUUGCCAUCCAGCCUCGGCCCUCCUCGGAGAAAAUCGCAGCCAUCGCGGAGAAACUGGACCUGAAAAAGAACGUGGUUCGAGUGUGGUUUUGCAACCAGCGACAGAAACAGAAACGAAUGAAAUACUCUGCGGUGCACUGACUUUUCCCCCCCACAUCAUGAAUAAAAUAGCCUACUACAUUUUUGAUCGAGUGAUUAAUAAUAACCCGAGCAGCCGAACAAACAGGGAUUCAUCAACAGCUCCUCCACCUGGGAUCGGAUCCAGAAGGACUCGGACUGAUCCGGUUGUUUUUUCACUCACUCCUCAUCGUUGCACUUUUUUUUUGGUUUGGAUUGUGUUAUAGGAGGGUGAUUUUGGUGUUAUUGGUCAUGUAUGUUUGCACACAUCAAAAUCGACUUUUCCGUGAAUCCAUCAAGUUGUCACGUUCAGGGAUCUUUUCUUAAAAUAGUACUUUUGAGUGCUGAUGUCACAUUUUCUGGCUUAUCUUAUUUUACUCCACAAUAACAGAUCUCCACAUUUUAAAUCAGCACCAUCCACUUUUCUUGAAAUGUUCGUUUUGUAUGCUGCUGCAGGAUAAAAACGUUCACCCACUUUUUACGCACUAUUUUUCCACGACUAUGUCGUCUGGCCGUGAUUUACGCACAGAAAAACGAGUAAUAACUAUAACACAUUUAGAAAUAUAAGGAGGCGCAUCCAUGUGGCUUCUGCUAUAUUUUAGUAUUUUGAUGUGUUUUUAUUUUGAUUUUUGGAGAGGUGAGUUGUAAACAUAAUCACAUAUUUUAAGUAUUUAUUUUUCUCUCACUCUGAGUUUCACUUGGAAAAAAUGUGUGAUAUUUAAAUAAAUUAGUGGUUAUUUUCUAAAAAUAA